AUGUCAUCCGCUGACUCCCAAGGUCAACGCAUCCAAGACAACUGCGAAAUCAUCUGGGGCAAGGGCGACUACGACAUCGACACUGAAACCGACGAUUAUCUGUCAUACUGGAGCCUAGUCAGAAAGGAUUUCGGGUUGGAGUUUGGGCCGCCGUUGACCAUGACAGGGCUCUGCAAUUCGAGCGAGCAUGCUGUGAGAGAGUUGGACCGGAUGCUAGGUGUAUGGGCUCGUCAGAUACAGAGCGGACAACCGAUGACCAAAGCCCUGAAUUUGGAGGUCUUUGGUGGACCGAACGGGCAGAAUAAGGCGGUUUUGGAACAGUUUCUUGUUGAGUUGGAGAAAAGAGGAACAGACUCGGCAUAG